CACCUCCAGUGCCUUGGAUCCGUCACACAUUGCUCCCGUCACCACUCGCCACCCUCCCUGAGAAGAAUCGGACAUUUCUUAUUCGAAAGAGGGACUGACGACCGACGACUGUACGGAGCAGUCAGAUUGAUUCCCUUCCACUUCCUUCUUACUGCCGACGGGAGAGCGUCCUUCGCUAACCACUGUAAUAGCCCAGGCUAACGAACGACAUGGCUCCUUCAGCAACUAACACCACCUGGGAUCACGAGUAUAACACAAUUCGCAGAGAGAACAUCUUCAAAAAUCCCCCGAAGGAUCACACAGCGUACCCUGCUUUGCAGGCAGCAGUCGCCCCUCACAUCAAUUCUUUCAAUGCCCUUUUUCGUAGCGAUAUCCAACCAACACUGGUCGAACAUGCCCUUGCCGACAUUGACGAAAAGAUAUACCUUGACGGCGAUGACAAAACCUCGCAAGACCGAAGGAACCGGUUAACGAUCAAGUAUAAGAGUGUGUCGCUACAUAAAUCGCAGCUGCCUCCAUCGAAUAGAUUUGCGAGGAACAGGGAUGUGUAUCCAGCUGAGUGCCGGGAACGCCAUGUUACUUACCGGGGCAAAUUAUCUGCCACAUUCGAGUAUCGCAUCAAUGAUGGCGACCCGCAAGAAUUCACUCGAGACCUGGGCUCUAUGCCUAUCAUGGUCAAAUCAAACAGGUGCCACCUCGAGAACACCCCGCCCGACCUGUUAGUAAAGAGAAAAGAAGAGGCAGAAGAGCUGGGCGGUUAUUUUAUCGUGAAUGGCAUUGAGAAGAUUAUCCGUCUCCUGCAGGUGAACAGGCGAAACUUUCCCAUGGCCAUAUAUCGACCUAGUUUUACCAACCGUGGCUCCGGUUACACCCCCUAUGGCAUCAUCAUCCGCUCUGUUCGACCCGACGAGACGUCUCAGACUAAUGUCCUCCAUUACUUGAGUGACGGCAUCAUCACCUUCCGAUUCUCCUGGAGGAAAAACGAAUAUCUUGUUCCGGUUGUCAUGAUUCUGAAAGCCCUCGUGGAAACGAAUGAUCGAGAAAUCUUCGAGGGAUUGAUAGGCCCUCCGGGCAGCAAAUCCGCGGAGAACACGUUCCUCACGGAUCGAGUCGAGCUCCUUUUGAGAACAUACAAAUCGUACGGCUUGUAUAGCAAGUCGGAGACGAGAUCGUAUCUUGGUGAGAAGUUCCGAGUUGUUCUGGGUGUUUCUGACUUGAUGUCGCACUACGAUGCCGGCACCGAGUUUCUCAGGCGAGUGGUUCUUGUCCACCUCGGAAAUGUCCAUGUCAUCCCGCGGCAGGACGGCGACAAGUUCAAGAUGGUGGUAUUCAUGAUUCGCAAACUCUAUGCCCUGGUCGCCGGGGAGUGUUCGGUGGACAACCCGGACGCGGUGCAGAACCAAGAAGUGCUGCUCGGCGGUUUCCUAUACGGAAUGAUCCUGAAGGAACGCCUGGAUGAGUUUCUGGCGACGUCGGUUCGUGCUUCCCUUAGGGAGUAUCACAGGAAGUUCCCCAGCCGAGUUUUCACAUCCCAGGAUUUCGCUAAAGACUUCCCCUCAACCAUUUUCCGGCUUGCCAAUGAGGGCAUUGGUCCAGGACUCGAGUACUUCCUCUCUACAGGAAAUUUGACCAGUCCUUCGGGUUUGGAUCUUCAGCAGACGGCUGGGUAUACCGUCGUGGCGGAGAAGCUCAACUUUCUCCGUUUCAUCAGCCAUUUCAGGAUGAUUCACCGCGGUGCUUUCUUCGCUGAACUCAAAACAACGACCGUGAGGAAGCUGCUACCGGAGUCUUGGGGUUUUCUAUGCCCGGUUCACACCCCUGAUGGUGCACCGUGUGGCCUCCUGAAUCAUCUUUCCCACAAGUGCCAAAUCAUGACCGAGGCGGUCGACGUCUCAACAUUGCCUACUCUCGUGACGGCCCUUGGGGCCGUGGACGGCUCAUCUGCAUCGACCGACGAGAGUGUAGUUAUCAUGCUCGACGGUAGGAUUCUUGGUUGGUGCACGCCACAGGUAUCUCGGCGGGUCGCGGACACUUUUCGAUACUGGAAAGUCGAAGGAACUCAUGGCGUAGCUGUCCAUCUCGAGAUCGGGUAUGUGCCUCCAUCGCACGGAGGUUCUUAUCCCGGCAUCUAUUUGGCAUCCAAGCCGGCGCGUAUGGUAAGGCCUGUGAAGUAUCUUCCGCUCCAGCGCGAAGACUUUGUGGGCCCCCACGAGCAGCCCUACAUGUCCAUCGCUGUUGUAGAGGAAGAGAUCGUGUCUGGUGAAUCAACGCAUGUCGAGUUUGCUCCCACGAACAUGCUUUCUAUCUUGGCCAACAUGACACCGUUCUCAGACUUUAAUCAGUCUCCUCGGAACAUGUAUCAAUGUCAGAUGGGCAAGCAGACGAUGGGAACUCCUGCAACGGCGUUGCGAUAUCGGACGGACAACAAGCUCUACAGGCUCCAGACUGGCCAAACGCCGAUCGUAAGGUCUCCCCUGCACAAUACCUACGGGUUCGACAAUUUCCCCAACGGGACCAAUGCAAUUGUUGCGGUUAUAUCAUACACCGGAUAUGACAUGGACGAUGCCAUGAUUAUCAACAAGUCAGCCGACGAAAGAGGCUUCGGUCACGGAACAAUAUACAAGACGAAGGUGAUCUCACUCAAAGAAGAGUCGAGGAGUCGGACGGCUAAGCAGGUCACGAAACUCUUCGGGUUUGCACCGGGAGGGUUGGUGAAGGGCUAUCAUCGCGGUCUUCUUGAUGAAGACGGCUUACCGUUCGUCGGCCGCAUGGUGCAGGAAGGGGACGUGGUAUGUGCUUGGCACACUGUAUCAGCGGAAUUCGACGGCAAGCUGUCCAACCUGGAUGGCCGUACUCACUUUGAGAAAUACAAGGACUCAGAACAGGCCUUCAUUGAGGAAGUUCGUCUUAUUGGAAACGAGAACGGCACCGAGCCGGCGCAGACUGUGUCCAUCAAAUUUCGCGUGCCGCGCUCGCCCGUUAUUGGAGACAAAUUCUCAUCACGACACGGUCAGAAGGGCGUCUGCUCCCAAAAGUGGCCGGCUGUCGACUUGCCAUUCUCCGAGUCGGGAAUACAACCAGACGUUAUCAUCAACCCACACGCCUUUCCCUCCCGAAUGACGAUUGGUAUGUUCGUAGAGUCGUUAGCAGGCAAGGCGGGCGCACUCCACGGCCUUGCCCAGGACUCAACACCGUUCAAGUUCAACGAAGAAGAUACGGCUGCGGAUUACUUUGGUCACCAACUCAUGAAGGCUGGUUAUAACUUUCACGGAAAUGAGCCCAUGUACUCAGGGAUUACCGGGGAGGAGUUUGCCGCUGACAUCUACAUCGGAGUUGUGUACUACCAGCGGCUUCGUCACAUGGUCAACGACAAGUACCAGGUCCGCACGACGGGGCCUAUCGUUCCGACCACGGGUCAGCCUAUUAAGGGCCGGAAGAGGGGUGGUGGCGUUCGCGUGGGAGAGAUGGAACGAGACGCGCUUUUAGCCCACGGCACCGCAUUCCUGCUGCAGGACCGCCUGCUUAACUGUUCGGACUAUACUCGAACUUGGAUUUGCCGGAGCUGCGGAUCGUUCCUCUCUGUGCAGCCGACUGUAUCGCCAUUCGUGGGGAAGAGGAAACAAGUCGGCACAGUCCGCUGCCGGAACUGUGCCCGUCGGCUGGACUCAUUGGAGCUGGAGAGUAAUAAAUCGGAGGGGGAAAUCUGGGAAGACGGUCAGGGCAACCAGUGGGUCGGCGGAGACAACACAACCAUCGUGGUUGUCCCGGGAGCGCUCAAAUUCCUUGAUGUUGAGCUGGCAGCCAUGGGCGUGAAACUCAAGUAUCGCGUUGAUCAUCGCGAUGUGACGCGGAAAGGGGGUUUGAAGCGCAUGCCGACGUCUACUAUAUCCAGGAUUUUGGCCGAGUCGUGAUUAUUGAGUCGGAAGAGAAGGGAAGAAGGAAAAAAGAACAUACCCUACCUUAGGUACCUUAGUAGGAAAAUAAGGAAAAGAGUUAUGCUUAGAACCCCU